AUGCUGUUCAAAAAAAAUUUACAAGUUGAAUCCACGUCUUCCGAGAAUGCUUUGAAAGUUAAAUGUGAAGAAUUUUUCUCAACUGACGACGACAUUUUACAAGUUAAAUGUGAAGAUUUUAUCACAACAGAAGACACUUUUCAAGUUAAUUAUGAAGAAUUCAUGUCAACCGAAUACGCUACACAAGACGAAAGUGAAGAAAUUACGACAACCCAAGAUACUUUACAAGUUAAAACAAAUGAACCUGUUAUCAAACGUAAAAAAUCCGGUUUAAAAUACAUUCCCGCAGUUGACUUGCACAUGUAUAAAUUUAAAUCCGCAAAAGACCUCGUCAUAAAUACAAUCAAGAACUCUUAUUCCGCCGAAGUAUCGAGUAUAAGAUUCAUAACAGGACGAGGAAAUCAUGUAAAUUCAAAUGGUGAACGAGGAGUUCUUUUUCAAAGCUUUCCAACCAUGAUAUCAUCCGGAGGAGUCAGUCGUUUAAUCAAAAGUUAUAUCAAACAUGAUGGCUCAUUUACGGUCCUACUUAAAUCACCCAAUGAAUUAACGUCACAUGAUUUAGAUACGAUUAAACAAGCCGCUUCAAAUGAUGAUGUCGAGGCUCAAUUCACCCUCGGAUUAAUGUACAUUGAUGGUAGCGUUAAGAGAGAUGUUCAAGAAGCCUUAAGAUGGUUGAAAAAAUCAGCAAAUAAAGGAGUCGAAAAAGAUGUUCAAAAGGCUUUAAAUUGGUUAACAAAAUCAGCAGAAAAGGGAUAUAUCAAAUCCCAAUUACUUGUUGGACGAAUAUAUUCUGAAGGUGAAAUUAACACCAAACAAAAGGAUAAAAAAGCUUUUAAAUGGUUUAGUAAGGCAGCCGAACAAGGAGACGUUAAUGCUCAAUUAAUGAUUGGUCAUUUAUUAUAUGAAGGGAAAGGUGUUGUUAAAAAUGAUGAAGAGGCUUUCAAAUGGUUUGAAAAAGCGGCCAAACAAGGUGACGUUAACGCUCAAUUGUGCGUCGGACGAUUAUUAUAUGAAGGAAAUGGUGGUAUUAUGAAAAAUGAAAGUAAAGCGUUUAAAUGGUUUAAAAAAGCUGCGGAACACGAUCACGUUGAUGCUCAAUUAAUCGUUGGAAAUUUAUUUGCUGCUAAACGAGGUCAUCUUGAAGCUGGCAUUAUUUCUGAGAUUUCAAAAGACUUGUAA